GCGAUUUACAUGCGAAAAUUUCAUUCAAAACAACGCAUUUAAUUUUCUUAUCAAUUCUUCUUAAUUUCUCGAGGCAAACUCAUUUAAAUAAUCAGGAAAAUGAUGUCAAUAUGUCGAAAAGUCUUACCAGCAUCAAGAGGAUUGGCUUCAAUUACAUCUGUUAGAAAUAAAGCGACAUUGCCUGAGUUACCAUAUGAAUAUGCUGCACUUGAGCCAAUCAUCAGUCGCGAAAUAAUGGAACUUCAUCAUUCCAAGCAUCACCAAGCUUAUGUUACAAACUAUAAUGCAGCAAAAGAACAAUUGGAUGAUGCUGUUGCAAAGGAGGAUGCAAAUAAAAUCAUAACUCUUCAGGGAGCUUUGCGUUUUAACGGUGGUGGUCAUAUUAACCACUCAAUCUUCUGGAAGAAUUUAUCACCAGAAAAAUCUUCACCAUCAGACGCACUACAAAAAGCAAUUAUUAAAGAUUUUAAAUCAAUGGACAAUUUGAAAGCUGAAUUAAAAGCUGCUGCAGUUGGUGUUCAAGGAAGUGGCUGGGCCUGGCUGGGAUUAAACAAGAAAACCGGUAACUUGCAGGUCGUUCAAUGUGCUAACCAAGACCCAUUACAAGCUACAACCGGUUUAAUUCCAUUGUUUGGAAUUGACGUAUGGGAACAUGCUUAUUAUUUGCAAUAUAAAAACGUUCGACCUAGUUAUGUAGAUGCCAUCUUCGACAUUGUUAAUUGGAAGGAUGUUUCUGAGAGAUUCUCGGCUUAAACUCAAGAUAAAUGAAAUUUUAAGAAGAAACAUUAGAUUGCGAUUCGCUUGAAUUUCAAAUUAAAAAUCCGGUUCGCAAAUCUGAAUUAUUCACAGCGGCGAUGAGAAAAUAAUAAAACAAAGAUAAAAACAAAGAAAGAAAGAAAAGUUUUCUUCUUUAACAAGAACUUGCAGGUGGUAGUUUGUUUAUAACAAACAAAUGCUUGAUAACCGUUCACAAUUUGAAAAUGAUUUUUGAACGACAUCAUUGCGCAGAAUCAGAAAAUGGGAAAAAUUUUCUAUAAAGAAAAUUCAUUAUUUAAAGUUCGAAUUGCAAAGGGGAGAGUCGUGAAAAGUUUGAACAUGAAAAUGUGAAAAUUUUAAAAGGAUAAUUAACAAUUUCCAAGGUGAAGCUUAAAGGAAUCACUAAAAAGAAGAAUUAUUGGAUAUUAUUACGAUUAAAGUCCCAACACCACUGGUAAGUACGAAAGAU